AUGUCAUGUCAAUAUGCAUUUAAAAUCCGUUGUGCACAUUGGUUGUUAGCUAGAAUUAGUCUGCUCCAGUCAAUUUGUCUCUUAUUAUGGCUAGGCGAACGUGCUUAUCAUGAAAUAGAACCUCCUAUACAUCCAUGGAUAGUUUAUAUUUAUAUUGGUAUUGGUCUCAUAGCUUCGACUGGUAUUGCAAGUCGUUUUCUGACUCGUCUAUCACUGACUAUCAUCUUGUUUAGUCAAAUCUAUAUAGCCUAUUUAUUUGGUGUUGAGAAGCGUUUAGGUUAUUCAAGAUGUUUACGUGCUCGAAUUGGCUUAAGAUGUCUAACUACUGUUGGAAUUUAUUUUCGUCUUUUAGGCGUGAAUAACUAUGUUAAUCAUGAUAAAAGUAUCACUAAUAAACAAACACAUAAACCAUAUUCAAAUUUUUAUGCUUUCGGAUUAGCUAUUAUGUCGGUAUCUGUGAGUUUGUUGGGUAUAUGUAUGUUGAUGGCAGGAUUCAUUUAUUCAAUACCUGUGAUAAUACACAAUAAACUGAUGAACAAUACUGACAGUUUCUUUUCAUAUAACAAUUAUAUAUUCCGUUUUUCUGAUUAUCUUGUUGCCUUCUCCUUCCUAAUGUUCUCUUUAUCUCGUGAUUGUAAUUUUAACUAUUGGCAUAUUAAAGGAUGCGAAUUUUGGCUAGAGAUACGUGUACUGUUAGAGAACAUCACUGUUCUUUUAGGCAUACCUGUGAUAAAUCAUUUGCUUACCAUUAACAUGAAUGGAAAAUACUCAAAAUCAAUGAAGGAGAACUUUAGAUCGAGUAAAACUGAAACAACAAAUUCCAAGAAUGAUUGA